AUGAUUCACCCGCCGCCGCCGCCGCCGGAGGAUUCAGCAGAGUUGAUGCACUCAGCAGCUGGGGGUGCUGGCAUGGGCGCCGCUGCUGGCCCUUCCGCGGCGGAUAGUGCUAGUAGUGCUGGUUGGAUGGUCAAAUUCUUAGCCUCGGCUACAGCCGUUGCUCGUGCUACAGCCAUCGCCCCUACUACAGACAUCGCCCCUGCUACAGCCAUCGCCUCCGCUACAGCCUUCGCCCCUGCUGCAGCCAUCGCCCCUGCUACAGCCUUCGAAUCUGCUACAGCCAUCGCCCCUGCUACAGCCUUCGCUUCUGCUACAGCCUUCGCCCCUGCUACAGCCUUCGCCCCUGCUACAGCCUUCGCCCCUGCUACAGCCUUCGCCCCUGCUACAGCCUUCGCCCCUGCUACAGCCUUCGCCCCUGCUACAGCCUUCGCCCCUGCUACUGCCUGCGAUCUCUAUACAAACAACCUCCCUGCAACGACCUGCCUAUCAGGCACUGUUAACGCAGCCGCUGAGCAGACAGCACUGAGAGAAAUCUCAAACUUCCCGUCAACCCAUAAUAAUCUCUCGCCUUCUCCCUCAGCGCAAGCCCCAGCUCCUUAUGCAAUCCCUGCAACUCCUUAUGCAGCCCCAGAUCUAUGCUUCCAGUUCAGCCCACCGCUGGCACCACCAGGUCAGGAGCCGCUUCAAUUGCCCGCUGCUACAUCUUACGAUCCUGGCACUGUGCCUCUUGCUUCUGCUACAGUGCCUUUCGCUCCUGCCACAGUUCCUGCUCAUUCUACAGUGCAUCCUCCUCCUGCUACAGUUACUACUCCUUCCUCUGCUUCAACGCCUCUUUCUCUUGCUGCAGUGCCUCCUGCUCCUGCCACAGAUACACUCCUCAUCACCAACACCAGCAGUAACAGCACGUACUUUGGUAUGGCCCAUAUGCGAGCAGGAGUCGUGCCAGCACCAGCGGAAGCAGCAAGAGCAGCAGCAGAUGGAAACGCCUUUGCUGACAGUCUAAGGUCAGGUGUGCUGGAAGCACAGCAGCAGCAGCAGCAGCAGCAGCAGCAGCAGCAGCAGCAGCAGCAGCAGCAGCAGCAGCAGCAGCAGCAGCAGCAGCAGCAGCAGCAGCAGCAGCAGCAACAACAACUAUAUCAGCAGCAGCAACAACAGCAGCAGCAGCAGCAGCAGCAGCAGCAUCAACAGCAUAAUCAACAGCAGCAGCAGCAGCAGCAGCUGCUGCUGCAAAAACAGCUGCAACAACAGCAGCAGCAACAGCAGCAACAGAACCAAGAGCAGCAGCACCAGCAGCAGCAGCAGCAGCAACAGCAACAACAACAACAGCACCACCAACAGCAGCAGCACCGGCAGCAGCACCACCAUCAGCAGCAGCAGCAGCAGCAACAGCAACAGCAGCAGCAGCAACAGCAACAACAACAGCAGCAGCAACAACAGCAGCAGCAACAGCAGCAGCAGCAGCAACACCAAAACCAGCAGCGGUUACAGCAGCAGCCCUCCACGUCCCUUUUUUGCACGGAGCACCAACCGCUCAUACUGCUGAACAUGGCGCUAUCACGCACACGGGCGGCCAUCAACGUUUGGCCAUCUCAUCCUUGCAGCACAGCCACACUUUGCUAUGGCCAGGUGGCGGUUCCGCCAUGUCAGCACCUGAUCGCUUAG